GUUUGGUUUGCAUCAUAUUGAUAUGUUCCCAUUAUCAAACGCCCCCCUUCCCGCCAGAGCAGAGCAGGGGAGCAGACCCCGCCAUGGCCGCCGCCGACCUCUCCCGACCGCUCUGCGCCGCCGUCAUCAAAUCCUCCUUCCGCCCCCACCUCCCGCUCCUCGCCGCCGCUCCCGCACUCCUUCAACGCCUCUCCCCGCUCCCUUCCGCCGCGCUCGCCUUCUUCCGCGCCCUGCCGCCGCCGCACCCGCUCGACGCCUCCCUCGCGCUCCUCCGCCUCCUCGCGCCGCACCCGCGCCACCACCCCGCUGCCCGCGCCCUCCUCCGCGACCUCGCCUUGCGCCACCCGCUAUCCUCCCCGCUCAUGCUUCCCUCCCUCCUCGCCGACCACCACCCCCACGUCCCCAGCUGGCUCCUCCUCCUCCUCUCCCAGUCCGCACGCCCCGACGACGCCGUCCGGGUGUUCGACCAGAUGCGCGCCCGGGGCCUCGCCCCCGACGCCCACGCCUGCACCGCGCUCCUCACCGCGCUCGCCAGGGCCCGGAUGACGGCCACCGCGCGCAGGGUGUUCGACGAAAUGGCCAGGGCCGGCGUCGCCAUCAACACCCACGUCUGCAACGCCAUGCUGCACGUCUGCCUCAAGGCUGGGGACGCCGCGCGCGCCGAGGCGCUCAUCACCAGGAUGGACGCGGCUGCCGUGCCCUUGGACCGCUUCUCUUUCAACACCAUCAUCGCCCUCUACUGCAGGAAGGGGAUGAGGUACGAGGCCAUGUGCGUGCGGGAGCGCAUGCAAAACCAAGGGAUACGGGCGGACACCGUCACAUGGAACUCCUUGAUCCACGGGUUGUGCAAGGAUGGCAGGGUGAAGGAGGCGGCUCGGCUGCUUACUGAGAUGAUUGCAGCGCAGGUUCCGCCAGACAAUGUCACCUACACCACACUCAUUGAUGGGUACUGUCGGGCAGGCGAUAUCGGGGAGGCGGUCAAGCUGCGAGGGGAGAUGGAGGCGAGGGGGAUGCUCCCAGGGGUCGCCACUUACAAUGCCAUUCUCAGGAAGCUCUGUGAGGAUGGCAACAUCAACGAGGUCAAUCAGUUGCUUAAUGAGAUGGAUGGGAGGAAGGUGCAGGCUGAUCAUGUCACCUGCAACACGCUAAUCAAUGCUUACUGCAAGAGAGGGGAUAUGGCUUCAGCAUGCAAGGUCAGGAGGAAGAUGUUGGAGUCCGGGCUGCAGCUGAAUCAGUUCACCUACAAGGCUCUCAUCCAUGGAUUCUGCAAGGCCAAGGAGCUGGACAAAGCCAAGGAAGCCUUGUUUGAGAUGGUCGAUGCAGGUUUUUCACCCAACUAUAGUGUAUUCUCCUGGCUUGUCGAUGGUUUCUGCAAGAAGAAUAGCGCAGGCGCAGUACUGCUCAUCCCUGAUGAGCUUAUGAGAAGAGGCCAUCCACCAGAUAAAGCAGUAUAUAGGUCGCUAAUUCGAAGGCUUUGCAGAAAAGGCUUGGUUGACCAGGCACAAAAAGUAUUUGAUCAGAUGCAAGGCAAAGGUUUAGUAGGUGACAGUCUAGUAUAUGCCACACUUGCCUAUGCAUAUCUGACCGAAGGAAAGCCAGCUGCCGCUUCGAAUACUUUGGAUGACAUGGCGAAGAAUCAAUUGCAUAUAACACCCCAGAUUUACAAAUGCCUGUGCACAUCUUAUUCUGAUGAGAAGGAAACCCUUAAUAUGUUGUGGGUUCGCGCUAUCGAAAGAGGCCUAAUAACAAAGAUUGUUUUCAAAUUGCUGCACCAAGCAAGGCUGCUGGAAUCAACGUAGCCUGCAUGCUCCUGCUCCAAGGCCAGACUAUCUAGAGGCUACCCUUGAUUGAUACUUGAGUGCAGAGUUACAAUUCUAUGACCAAGUCCAUUUGGUCCCUUCAUGAUUUUCGACCGUACAAGCGCUGUAAUGAAGUUAGGUGCGUCGUAAGUCGCUUCCUAAGCGUUUUGGGGCGAAUGGACAAUCCAUGCUGCUGACCCACUUGAGCUUGUUUGUGGACCUGACUACUUGGCUGGCCCAAGACUGCCCAGGCCCUUGACAUGAAAAUAGGCAACCCAGCCCCAGUCAAGGCCCAGGCAAAUAGCAAGGGGUCGGCGCGGCGGAAUUAGGAAGAAGAUAAGCUCUUCCUCUUCCUCUACCUCGGGGUCCCGGCGUUCCCGCGGCUGUGAAAGUGAAACGAAAAGACGAUGCCACGGCUACUCCCGCCGCUUGCUAAAACCCCUCUCCUCGGGGUCCCGGCGUUCCCGCGGCCGCCGCCACCACCUCGUCCUCUCCGCAUCUUCAUACCCGCAGCCGUCGCGGGGAGAGGUAGUGCCGGGGAGAACGCGGCGGCGGCUUCCGGGACGACGGCGAGGGAGCGCCGCUUGGUAAAGGUGCGGGAGGAGCGCCGCCGCCGCGACCACGACCGCGAGCACACCUACCCCGGAUGGGCCAGGGUCCUGGAGAAUGCCUGUAGGGAUGACGACGAGCUCCGCGCCAUUCUUGGUGAUAGCAUCGGGAACCCAGAGCUCAUGAAGCAAAGGAUCCAGGAAAGGGUGCGCAAGAAAGGCAGGGCUCAAUUCAAUAAAUCCAAGACAGGGUCCAUUUUUGCUUUCAAAGUCAGCUUCCGAGACUUCAACCCAUUGAAUUCAUUCAUUUGGUUUGAGCUCUUUGGAGAACCAACAGAUCGAGAUGUUGACCUGCUCGGCGGUGUAAAGUGACUUGAUACAGUUUGAUUGCAUUCUCAUUAUCCAGAAAACAACACUCUUUCUUGACAUGAAGUAUUCUUCACAGGUAAUUCAGGCUUGGUAUGUAAUGGGAAGGCUAGGAGCUUAUAAUUCUUCAAAUUUGCAGCUGGCCAACUCAAUGUUGGACUACAAUCCUUCAUAUGAUUCUGACGAAGCUUCAUCAGUAAUGCCAUCAUCUUUCCAUGAUAUCAGUGAUGUUGAGUUCCAAGACAAUUGGGCUAGGGUUCGGGUGGACCUUGGAACCUCAGAUUACCUUGCACUGGAUGUAUUACUGAACUGCCUAACACAGUUGAGCUCAGAACACUUGGGCAUCAAACAAGUUGUUUUUGGCGGCAAAAGAAUGGGCGACUGGGAAGAGGGCAUGACAAGCUCUGAUUAUGGAUACAAGCACUUCAAGAUAUAAUAGUUUGUGAGCGACAUUCGAUGGUGAUGCAAACCCUGUUUGUCCUUAUCUGCUAGAGAUUUUGCUCCUCUAGAUGCACGUACCCAUUGUGGCAGAGAAAUUUUGCUGAUGACCAACUUAACUCAAGAUUGUGCCUGAAUUUGGAUCUGCUCUUGGAUGUAACUAAUUGAUUUUUUAUCAUAGGUUAUAUUGUCGUAACCGCACUGGAUCCAACGUUCUGAAAAGGAAAAAAAAAAGAUACUGCUCAAAUUAGAACUAACAGAAAGAGUAAGUAGAAAAUAUGAAUAAUGGCAUUGGUGAUGUUUGAGACGUGUCUUUUUCUGUAUGAUUGAAAUAUCUUUUUCUGUA